AUGACCUUCCCUCCCCCUCACCCUUCCGCCCAAUCGUCGAUUGCUUCUGGCACCGAUAAACCUUCUUCGACCAGGACUGAGAUUGGUGCCUGGGGUCGGUCCGCGUCGCAGUCCGGCAUUCGUCGUGGGUUGACUCCUCUCGCGACCAACCUCUCCUCCUCCACCGCUCCCUCUGUCUCUUCCCGGGGCUUGGACGCAGGCCCUGGGGUUUCUACACCAUCCUCCUUCUCUGCGGUUCUGAGUUCUACAAGGGGUCUCUCAGGAGGUAGCCCCAAGCCCACACCGUCUCCAUUCACCUCACUGCAGGCUGCGCAGCAGCAAGCCCAGUCACUUUCGUCGCCUAAGUUUCGGGCGCACACCCCAUCAGCUGGGUCCUAUUUCGCCUCAGCAACAAGCUCCAUCACGGGUGGUGGAGGCUUCGCUUCAGACAAGCCUGGAUCGGCGGCUGCACAUUCAAGCCAGUCGUCCCUCACCAAGAUUUCAAUUGCGCAGGUUUUCCUUCUGCUGGACUCAAUUACCGAGAAAGAAGGAAAGGAAAAGUGGGAGACAAAGGCUGCUCAGAUACACAAGCUCGUGACAUCGAACGGCAUGGAGGUCUUCUCGAAAUACUUCCGGCGCCUUCUCACCGGGAAUGCGCCUCAGAUUUUCCCUGGUGUGAACAAGUCCGUCGAGAAUGCGGGCAACUACCCUCUUCUCGUACAAGAGAUGCAAAAAGUGUCCUCGGACAUUGAGCAGUCUCAGAAGAUUGCAGAGACGGUAGACACCUCAGAGGGUGACAUCUUCCGCGAUUUUGAUCUGUCCACCUUCUUGGACCACUUCCGUCUUGAUCCUAUCGUGAAGGUUGCACUCACUUUGGCUUUCAAGAUGACAAACAAGUCUGAUCUUCGGGCCAAGGCUGAUGCAAUUCUCUCCAACUCCAUUAACCCCUUCCUCCAAAGUCUUGCCAAUCCCUCCGAAACAACCAAGGAUUUCCAUAAUUCCUUCCUUGGAAUGACCAUCGAACGAUUCAUUCUCUACCCUCCCCGCAAUUUCACCGAAGAUGUCAAGGGGAAGCUGGUCUACGCAGCGAAUCUGCGGUUCCAAAAGCUUGGGCUGGAUGUUCCAUUCGAGGUUUGCUCUGCUUUGCAGAUGUUCAAUUUUGUGAAUCCUCGCUAUACCCUCGUCAGACAACUUCAUUUAAAGGGUCCUCGCGCAACUGCCAAUGUUGAUACAAUCACUGAAGUGAUCAAUGCGGUGGGCCCCGAUAGUUGGAAUGAAGAAAAUCUUGCCAGUGCUCUUCUUUUCAUGGUUCUAUCUCAGUACUGGCAACAAUUCUCGCUCGAGACUCUGAUCAGUGCUUACUCCGAGAAGCAACCAAAUUUGGCAUUGGUGUUCCGAUGCUUCGACCGAGAGGGCUUGCGAGUGGAACCGAAGCAGUUCGAAAAGUUGUAUACUGCAAUCUCCGCUAUCGCUGCUGACGAUACGUCAGCUGACCUCCAGAAGCUUUGGGGUGGUGAAUGGGAACAUCAAGAUACUCAAAUCUCAUUCUUGACCGCUUUUGUCGCCUCGCGAACCGAUGCCUCGAAGCUUCAAAACUUCCGUGCUACAUUCACCGCAGAAUUCUUCGAUGACGCACCUGACACAGUCAAAGUGCAGGGAGAGCGCGCAUGCCUAUCUCCUCUCCGGUCCAUGGAUGCAGUGAAGGCCAUCUUUGACCUAGCUCUACUUUCUCAGAACUCUUGGGCUGCCAAGGAAAGUCAACUUCUGAUCAAGGCGGUGGUGCAGUAUGACCUGCCGGUCUUCCUUAUUUCAGCCUUGGCUAUUCCACAGCCGUGGUCUACUGUCCAGCAGAGCUUCGUCCUGCGAACUUUUGUUGUUUUUAUUUCGAAGCAAGAAGAGGGUUACCAGCUGGGUCUUCACGGCGCCUGGCGUCAGGACCGCCAGUGGGUUGCUGAGCAGUUGUUUGCAGCUUUCAGCCAAGAUCCCACCUCCACCACGAUGAUUUAUGAGCAUGCUGUUAGUUUCGGUUGGCUUGAAUAUCUCCUCGGUUUCAGCAACGGUCUUGCUUUGGAUCUUGCUUGCCUGUGCGACCGCAGAGGUCCAUUUGACCUUGGUCAAUGGAUUCGAAACACCGCGCAGAAGGGUCAACUUGAUAUGGGUGGUCUUUUGUCAAAGUUCUUGAGAAUUAAGGCCGAGGACGAACUUCACGUGCAACGAAAGGAACAACCUGCCCCCCCAGAUGUACUGGAGGAAUUUGUUGGUGAUCGUGAGAACCUCACGCCUGUUCAACGUAUCUGUAUCCAAACAUACCCUCGCUUAAUCAACUACGGCGAGGGCUAUGACGAUAUCAUUGAUACCAGUGGUGCAAACGGCAAUGCCCUCCCUGAUGUGAUUGAUAAGCAGAUGCAGGCGCUGUUUGGCAAAAUGUACCACGAUGAGUUGUCGCUCAGAGAGAUGCUGGAGCUGAUGCGUCAGUACAAGUCUUCCCACGAGCCUGAGGAGCAAGAGCUCUUUGCUUGUAUGGUGCAUGGUCUCAUUGAUGAGUAUCAUUGCUAUCAUGAAUACCCUCUUGACGCUCUUACGAAAACGGCUGUUAUGUUCGGUGGUAUCAUCAACUUUAGACUGGUCGAUGGAAUUACGCUCAAGGUUGGUCUUGGUAUGAUCCUGGAAGCUGUGAGAGAGCAUGAAGUACACAACCCAAUGUUCAAGUUUGGUGUGGAGGCGAUUGAACAGCUCAUGGAUCGUCUGUCAGAGUGGGCUGGUUUCUGCCAUCUUCUACUUCAAAUCCCCACCCUGCAGGGCACGCCCAUCUUCCAGAAGGCCGAGGAAGUUCUGCGGGCUAAAGGCAAGGAGGUUGUUGAUGGUGAGGCCGAAAAAUGGAACAUACGACCCUCUCCCCUGCCAAAUGGAGAUAGUGAUGAUCGCUCCGUCGAUGGCAACCCCUUCAAGUUCCGCUCUGUCUCGAUAGACCCACCACUUCGGUCAGCGCUUUACCACGAUCCUGAUGAGGAUAUUCAAGACAAGAUUCUGUUUGUUUUGAACAACGUUUCUGAGCAGAACAUUGAGGAAAAGCUGGAGGACCUUCGCGAGGUCCUACGUGACCAGCAUCACCAAUGGUUUGCGGCAUACCUGGUUGAAGAGCGUGCCAAAUUACAGCCCAACUUUCAACAGCUCUAUCUUGAUCUUCUCGAUCGCAUUGGAGACAAGAUUCUUUGGGCUGAGGUCCUCAGAGAGACCUAUGUCAGCCUGUCCAAGUUGCUGAAUUCCGAUUCUACCAUGACUUCAUCUACUGAUCGCAGUCAUCUCAAAAACCUUGGUGCUUGGCUAGGCUCUCUGACAAUCGCCAAAGACAAGCCAGUGAAGCACAAGAAUAUCUUCUUCAAGGGCUUGCUCUUGGAAGGUUACGAUGCACAACGACUCAUGGUGACAAUCCCAUUCACUUGCAAGGUCCUUGUCCAGGCUACUAAGUCAACCAUCUUCAAACCACCUAACCCCUGGUUGAUGGAUAUUCUUGGUCUUUUGCUGGAGCUUUAUCAUUUUGCUGAGUUGAAACUCAACCUCAAGUUUGAGAUUGAAGUUCUCUGCAAGGAUCUUGACCUUGACCAUAAGACUGUCGAGCCAGCUAUCAUCAUCCGUGAACGUUCUGUUCGGGUUGAAGAGUUGCCGGCCACUACCAGCAUGCCUGAGGGACUGGAAGCGUUCGAGGACAUGGGCCUCACAUCCAUCAACCAAGGCAUCCGAAAUGAACGAUUGUCGCCUGCCGCCAUCAUGUCAACCCUGCCAAGUCUCGAUAAGAUUCUUGUCUUGCCUCCGUCAGCGAGCACCAUGGUGGAUCCUACCGUUCUUCGACAAAUCGUUACCACUGCGGUAGAGCGUGCUAUUGCAGAGAUCAUCACUCCUGUUGUGGAACGGUCAGUCACUAUUGCCUCCAUCUCCACCAUUCAGCUUGUCUCCAAAGAUUUCGCGAUGGAGCCCGACGAGGAGAAGGUGCGUCAUGCUGCUGGUAUCAUGGCCCGUCAGCUCGCGGGCAGCCUUGCUCUGGUCACUUGCAAAGAGCCACUGAAGGUCAGCAUGACCAAUUACAUUCGCAUGAUCCAGCAGGACUACUCAGACCAGCCUAUGCCUGAGGGCUUGAUUCUGAUGUGCGUCAAUGAUAAUUUGGAUGCGGCAUGCGGCAUCGUGGAGAAGGCCGCUGAAGAGAAGUCAUUACCUGAGAUCGAGAAGAUGAUCGAAUCUCAGGUUGAGGCACGACGACGCCACCAUGCUACCCGACCCAAUGAGCCGUUUAUUGAUCCAUCAAUGAACCGCUGGGGUCUGUUUAUCCCGGAGCCUUAUCGCCAAGGAGCAGGUGGCCUGAACAAGGAGCAGAUCGCCAUCUAUGAAGAGUUUGCCCGCCAGUCACGAGGUACCGCGGCUGCUCUCCCCCAAAAUGUUCCGGCCGAUGCUGGUCGCCAGCUUCCUGAUGUUUUGCAAGAGGCGUACCCAGCCAUCCCCAACCUUUCAACGCCAGCUGAGCAACCUGCAAUUCCUCAUAGAACUCCUCAGGCGCAAGCUGUGUCUCAGAUCGGUGGCGUGCACACCAACGGCUUCCUUGAGGCCCAAAGUCCACGAGAGAAGAUUGAGUCUCUGAUUGCAGAUCUUCAGCAGGCUACUCGUGAUGCCUCCGAGGACCGUGUCAGAGACCUUGGACGGGACAGCAAUGUCCUCCAAGAGUACAACACCACUCUACGUACUAUCUUGGGCUCACCAAAUGGCGAAGAGCUUGCACGAAUUACUGCUCUUACAGUUUGCAGCACUCUGUACUCUCAAUCAUCGGCCCCAUUGGAGCUUGAAGUUCUUGUGCACUUGCUUGCCAAACUUUGCGACAUGUCCACAUUGAUCUCACGUUACACGUGGGCACUCUUAGCAGAGCUUGAGGACGAGCACAUGUUCAAUGUUCCAGUCACCGUUGCUCUUAUCGACGCUGGCCUGUUGGAUAUUCGUCGUGUCGAUAUGGUGUUGACUCGUCUUAUCUUGCAGAAGGACCUCCGCGCUUUGGAGUUGCUUGAUAAUCUGAUGACUCGUGUGCUAAUGAACGACGAGCCAGCAGCCCUACGAUCAGACUUCUCUGGCAGUCUCGAGGCUAUGAGCCAAUGGCUUGUCGAGGAGCCAAACCUACCUCCCGCCUUGGAGAUUAUUCGCAAGCUCCGCGACUGCGGCAUUCCUGAAGUUGUUGCCUCUCUUCUGAGCGACCUUGCCAGAACCAAGCGAGAUCAAAUGGAGUAUAUUUUUAACGAGUGGAUUGGCAUCUACAAAGCCUCCGGUGCCACCGACCGAACCUAUCACUCGUUCCUCCAGGACAUGCAUAGCCGUCAAGUCAUGAACAGUCCUGAAGACUCUGCCCUGUUUUUCCGUCUCAGCAUCGAUAUGUCCGUCGGCAUGUUUGAGCACGAAUCUCAGAACCCACACGGCAGCCUUGAUGAAGCAUUCUUACACAUCGACGCGCUCGCAAAGCUCGUGGUUCUGCUUGUCAAGUUCCAAGGCGAGAGCAAUGGCGCCGUGAAGGCCGAUAAGGCUGCAUACUUCAGCUCCAUUCUUUCAUCUCUCGUCCUUGUUCUCAAUCAUCACGCAGUCAUGCGCGGUGAGGCAUUUAACCAGCGUGUCUUCUUCCGAUUAUUCUCCAGCAUUCUCUGUGAAUACUCAGUGGCUGGAUUCCAGAACCACGAGGAACACAAGGGCAUGAUCUUCGCCAUGGCCCAACGACUCCUGUCUUUGCAACCCCGAUAUGUACCUGGGUUUGUUUAUGGCUGGUUGUCCUUGGUUUCACACCGCGUCUUCAUGUCAGAUAUGCUCAAUAUGGAAGACCGAGCCGGCUGGGCACCUUACUGCGAAAUCAUGCAGGCCUUGCUCUCCUACAUUGGCGAGCAACUCAAGGCAGCCAACAUCACAUACGUCGCUAAGGACCUGUACAAGGGCGUUCUUCGCAUUUUGCUCAUUCUGCACCACGACUUCCCCGAGUUUGUGGCUGAGAACCACUUCCAGUUCUGCAAUGUGAUUCCUGCUCACUGCGCUCAGCUCCGCAACCUGGUCCUCAGCGCCUACCCAUCAUCUUUCCAUAAACUCCCGGAUCCUUUCCGCGAGGGCCUGAAGGUUGAGCGUAUUGAAGAGAUGCGGGAGAUCCCCCAGAUUGCAGGAGAUAUUACCGCUCCACUGGAGCAGGCAAACAUCAAGAAUGUCGUGGACAAUAUUCUCCUCAGCAACAAUAUCACCGACGGUGCCGUGCAACAGCUUUACAACGCCGUCAUGGAUCCGGAAACCACCGACACCGCUCUCUUCUAUGCCCCUAUUAAUGUCGACGUCGUUCUUGUGAAUGCGCUUGUCUUGUACAUUGGCCAACAAGCUGUCGAGGAGCAAGCUUCCAAGAGCAAUACCCGCAGCGCAUUCGAGAACUCCACUCACGCAGCUCUUCUUGAGAAGCUUUCACAGAUCAUGCAGCCGGAGGCUCGCUACUACCUGCUGAGUGCCAUGGCCAACCAGCUUCGGUACCCCAAUAGCCACACUUACUUCUUUAGCUUCACCAUCCUCCGUCUCUUUGGCGUGGAAUACUCCGAACAAGAUGAUUCGGACAUUCGCCAGCAAAUCAUUCGUGUGCUUUUGGAACGACUCAUCGUCCACCGUCCUCACCCAUGGGGCUUGAUCAUCACUCUGCAGGAGCUGCUCCAAAACCGCAGCUACUCUUUCUUCCGCCUUCCCUUCAUCCAGGCGGCCCCUGAGAUUGGUCGCCUCUUCGAUGCCCUCCUUCAGCAUAUUCAGCAACAGAGCCCUCGUCCACUGGCUUAA